AUGAGUGACUCGGACUUUGACACCAUGGUGAAUAUUGACGACCCAAUGAUAUCGCAGCCAUCCGAGGGGGAAAAGGCCCCCGGCCGAACUUCCUUCAAUAUUAGCUCUAUCCUGCAAGAAACCGUUCCGGCCGGGAGCAGGAAAAAUAAGCUCGGCCCCGACCACGCCGCAGUCAUAAUGACCGGAAAACAAGCCCACGCCAAACACGCCAAAAUGAUCGCCGGACUGACGUCCGACACAUCGAGCUUCCUGGCCUGUGCCGACGACAUCCCAUCGGGUGACGACGACAUCGAGGUUGACGUGACGAGCGUCGAGACGCGGAACGACGACAGCGAAGACGCCGCCAACAGCGAUGGGAUCGGCGCCGACGACGAGAAGACGUCUUCCGAGUCGUCCAACGCGGCGUCGAAAGCCGGCAACAAUGGCGACGCGACUGCCACAGAGCGCGACAGUGCGGAGAAAAAGAAACACGAGAAGCCGCCGUACAGCUACAACGCUCUCAUCAUGAUGGCGAUCCGCAGCAGCCCCGAGAAGCGACUCACGCUCAACGGCAUCUACGAAUUCAUCCUCAAGAACUUUCCGUACUACCGGGAGAACAAACAGGGAUGGCAGAAUUCCAUCAGACACAACCUGAGUCUCAACAAGUGCUUCGUCAAGGUGCCACGGCAUUACGAUGACCCGGGCAAGGGCAACUACUGGAUGCUGGAUCCCAGCAGCGAAGACGUGUUCAUCGGUGGUACUACCGGCAAGUUGCGACGAAGGUCCACGGCGGCGUCGCGCACGCGCCUCGCAGCCUUCCGACGCACCGUGGCUUUCGGCGGCGCUGCUGGCGGACAUAACCCUUACGGUCUGGGUUGCGGCACGUGGGCGCCGCACUUGAAUCCCUUGUACGCUUACGCCGCUGCAGCGGCUCUGGCAGCGGCGAACGGCGUGCGACACCCUGGGGUAGCCAGCCCGGUUUCCCCGGCUGCCAGCAUGUGUCCACCCGGCGUGUCCGUGUAUCCCUACGUGCCGGGCUUCGUGCACUCGCCUUCUCUGGGCGCCAUGAACUACUUGCCACGCCCGGGGGUGUUGCCGACGUCGGUGGCGCCCAUGAGCAUGGCGUCUUCGCCCGGGUCGCGCGACUCUCUCGCCCAGGGACACUCACCAGCCGGACACUCACCGCUCCUGUCUGCGCCCGGUGGUUUCUCGUUGCCACCGGGACUCGGCCUGGCGCCGUCGGCGUCCGACCUGGGUUUCGCGUUCAGGAACGUUCAGCAGUACUCAAACGCUUUCUUGUCCCAGUCCCUGUUGGCCGGACAGCCGUCACCGCACCAGCUCGCCAUGUCCGGUGCGUGUCCGCCCCCUGUGUCCUCCGUGCCCGCGUCGCAGGCCGAGGAGUCGCCGACGGCGUCGGCGUCCCCGCAGCAGCUCCCGGGCUUCUCCCAGGGCGUCGUGAUCAAGCAAAUAUGA